CUAAUAUAAAGCAGAGUAACUGUUGAGCAAUCCAGGUGAACUUGGCAGGGGAAUAGAACAUAAUCUUGGCUGUAAUGUCAACCAACCUCUUUUCUUACCAUAUUUCUUACCAUAUUUCUGGCAAAGAAUCAAUUAAAAUAUCACAAUGCCUAAUUACAAAGAGGGCACAAAGAUGCAAAAAGAGCCUCUCUUUGAAGAGAAGUUAAUAAUUAGUGCCAUUCCCUACAAGCGCCAAGGUUUUGUGCCAAGUUUGCUAAAAGGGGAGCCAAAGAUGUUGGGGGUUCUUCAGAUCUUGAUGGGCCUGAUCAUUGCUUCAUUUGGAGGCUUUUUAUUUUUCAGUUUCAUUGAGGUCAAAUCUACAAAUUCAAAAACUCCCAUCUUGUAUAUCACAGCGUAUCCACUCUGGGCAGGAGCAUGUUACACCAUGUCAGGAUUCAUAACAAUUCUUAACACGCUGUAUCCCCCAAGGCAGAAUCACCAGCUUCUUUUCCUGGAUAGUCUAUGUAUUUUGGUAGCUGCCAGUGGGAUUGCUCUGUUACUCUACAGCUUCUAUGAGGAUGCAUUCUUUCACUGUGAUAAUUUAUCAAAUGGCAUAUGUACCAUUGGAAAAAGCUUCCUUCAUGGUAUUUUCUCCCUCUUGCUGAUCCUUACCUUGGUCCAGCUGUCCAUUGCUGCAACACUCCUGGCUUUUGAGUGUCAAGGAAUAAGGAAAGACACUGCUAAAGAGGUUCUGUAUUUCAAGCCUUCUGAAGUCAAAGAACCCAAACAAACCAAGAAUAUGGAAAAUCAGUUGCAGUUCCACAUUAUGAAAAGUCCUGCAGACAAAAAUGAGGAAAAUACAUUGGCCUCCUUAAUUGGAGGUUAUACCUUCUUUAAACUAAGACCUUCAGGACAACCUUAUAAAACCCAAUUGGAGCCUCUACUCCCUCCACCAUCAACUCUCUCCCUACCACCCUCCAAACUACAAGAAUUAACUAGAAGUUCAGUUUCAUUUGGAAAAAUUCCCCAUCCCUAUGAAGCUUCAACAAGUGAAUGUUUCAAAGUUUCUUAUUUCUCUUCCUCAAUUUCAAGUGAUUCAAUGAGAACAUCAAUUUCCUUACCUUCAUUUACAAGCAAAUACAUACAGAUUUCUUCAUUGCCACCAAUAUGUUUACAAAGAUCAACUUCAGCAAUUGGUUCCUUAGAAACUACUGGAGUGAACAAAUCCACCCAAUUUCCCUCUUUCUCAGGCCCAAGUAAACCGACAGAAGACAAAGAAAUUCUUCCUGCUUCCAGCCCAAGUUCAAUUAGCGCAUGCCAGGAAGUUCCACCAGCCACAGAGCUAGCUGAAAAGAGCACAUCUGUGCAAUUCCUCUCUUUCGAAGGGAUGAUGGCACUAAAAAAAAGGGCAGACAUUCCCUCUUCCUCUUCCAGCCCCAGUUCAGUAAGUGAAUUCACCAUAGAAGCCACUGUUUCAAGAGUACCACGAAGCCCAAGAGAAUCAACAGACAUCACAGAAAUUCCAGACUCCUCACAAAGUCCCCCUUCCUUGGGCUCACUUGCACGUCGUCGUAUAUCCAUACAAUUCCCCUUUUUUUCUGCUCUUGAUACACCCACAAAAGUCAAAGCUUCUCCACCUACUCUCUCCCGCAUAAGUUCAAAAAGUGAAUUCCAGGAAGUUCCUUCUUCUGGCCUAAGUUCAAAUGAAUCCAUGGAAGUUCCUUCUUCUGGUCUCCUUGAAAGGUGUAAAUGUGUUCAAUUCCCUUCUAUCUCAGGUACCUUAGUAACCAGAAAAUCUAAAGAGGUUCCUACUUCCUCCUCCAGUACAAGUUCAACGAGUGAAUCUAUGAGAGGCCAGCCUUCCUCAAGUGUAAAAGCAAUGAGCAAAGCUGUACAAUUUCCUUCACUGGGAAGCCAAAGUGCACCAAGAGAACUCAAAGAGGUUAUUUCUUCCUCCCCCAGCUCAAGUUCAACUACUGAAUCCACAGAAGCCCCCCCUUCAUCAAGCCCUCUUACCAAGAGCACAUCUGUACAAUUUCCAUCUUUCUCAGGUAUCAUUGCACAAAAUGAAAUGCAAGAAACUCCUCCUCCUAUGUCCUCAAGCCCAAGUUCAACCAAUGAAUCCACGGACGGUCAACCAUCCCAUCUACAGGUAAAAAGGCGCUCUUUAAGAAGUCCUCCUAUCCCAGUCACCAAUGCAACAACAGAAGUUACACAACCUCAACCUUUCUCUAGUACCCUACAUUCAACUAAUGAAUCCAUGGAAGCUCCCUACUCAGACCAAAUGGACACAAGCAUAUCUAAACAAAUUCUUUCUAUCUCAGCCACCAGUGUAACAACAGAAAUCAAAGAAGUUCCACCUUCCUUCGGCACAAAUUCAGCCAAUGAACUCACAAAAACUCCUUUCUUAGGAGAAGUGGUAACAAUUAAAUCUCUGCAAUUUCCUUCAUCAGCUUCCAGUUUGGCAAUAGAAGACAGAGAAAUUUCACCUUCCUCCCCCAGCAGCAACCAAUCCAUGGAAGUCUUCCCUCCCUCAGGCCCAUUUAUAUCAAGCAAAUCUAUUCAACUCUGUAUAUCAAACGCAAGCAUACCAAUAGUAAUUCCCUUUUCCUCUUCUAGACUAUGUUCAAAAAAUUUACCCAUGGCAGUUCCCACUUCCUCAGACAACCUUGAAUUGGGCAAAUCAUCUUUCCCAGGAAUAACUGCAACAACAGAUGCUCCUUCCUUACCCUGUCCAGAUUCAGUUAGUGAAUUUCCCCUUUCUGAUGGACCAAAUGCAGAGGGCAAGUCAAUGCAAAUUUUAUCUUUCUCUAACCUAAGUUCAUCACUCGAAUGCAUCAAACAUUCCUCUUUCUCAGAGGUAAUUCCGCAAAGCAAAACUAAGCAAGCUUCUUUGUUUCAGCCAAAUUCACCUUCUCAAACCAUAGCUGGAGUCCCUUCCCCUGAAUCAACUCCAGGGGAUAAGUGUGUGGAAUUUACCUUAGAUGCAAGUUCACAAGAGUUUUCAAAUUCCACUUUGUUGGUUUCAGGAUUAUUAAAAGAACCCAUACAAGUUUCCAGUUUAUCUGAUAAAAGUCCACAAAGAAAAACAGUGUCUAAUCGUUUCAACAUUGUUUUAGUGAGCAAAGCCACACAAUUUUCUGUUUUCUCUGAUCGAAAUUCAACUGUUGACACAGAAGUCAUGAGUUUCCCAGGUCCAUUUUUACCCAGAGAAUCCAUGCAAGUCGCUGAUUUCUCAGGCACAAGAUCAUCACAGGAAAUCAUUCAAGUUCAUUCAAACUACCAUGCUAUGUCAGUGAGCAAAUCCACACAAGUUCCUAUUUUCUCUGACUUAAGUUCAUCCACAGAAUACCCGGAAGAACUUCAAUCUGUCUCAAUUUCAUCAAAAGAAAACACACAUUUCUCUGACAAAAGUUCGAAAGAGGAGGUCUUGCACAUUUCUUCUGGUGGUCAUCGUAGUUCAGUAAGCAAGUCUACACAAGUUCCUACAUUCUCUGAUACAAGGCCAUCAAUGGUUGUCACAGAAGAAGUUAUGUCAUACCCAUUUCCAUAUGGAGAAUCCAUGCAAGUUCCUGAUUCCUCUGACACAAGACCGACACAGGAAUCUGUUCAGACUUCAUCUGCCGAACAUGCUAUAUCAGUGAACAAAUCCACACAAGUUCCUAUUUUCUCUGACAAAAGUAUAUCUGCAACAAGCAUAGAAGAAAUUCCAUCUAUCCCAGUUCCAGUUUCAUCAACAGAAUCCAUACAAGGUCCUGAUUCUGCUUCCACAAGUAUUCAUCCAGAUGCCUUGCAAGUUCCAUCUGGGAUCCACACUGUUUCAGUGAGUAAAUCCAUACAAACUUCUGGGCCAUUUCACCUAAAUUCAUUCAUUGUUGACAUAGAAGUCACAUCUUUCUCAGGUCCAUUUUCAAACAGAGAAUCCACACAGGUUCCUGAUUUCUCUAACACAAGCUCACCACAGGAAUCCCAUCAAACCCCAUCUACCAACUAUACUCUAUCAGUGAACAAAUACACACAAGUUCCUAUUUUCUCUGACCUAAGUUCAUCCACAAUAUGCAUAGAAGAAAUUCCAUCCUUCCCAGUUCUAGUUUCAUCAAAAGAAUCCAUACAAGUUCCUGAUUUCUCUGCCACUUGUCCAGAUACCUUGCAAAUUCCCUCUAGGAUUCACACUAUUUCAGUGAGCAAAUUCACACAAGUUCCUGAGUUCUCUCACCUAAUUUCAUCAGAUGUUGGCACAGAAGUCAUGUCUGUACCAGGUCCAUUUUCCUACACAAAAUCCACGCAAGUUCCUGCUUUUACUGACAUGAAAACAUCACAGGAACUUGUUCAAUCUACUUCUAUCUACCAUUCAGUUUUAGUGAACAAAUCCACACAAACUCCUACCUUUUCUGAUCCAAGUUUAUCCACAAUAUGCACAGAAGAACUUUUAUCCUUUCCAGAUCUAGUUUCAUCAAGAGGAUCCAUGCAAGUACUUGAUUUCUCUGAUACAAGCUCACCUCAGCAAGCCAUGAAAGUUCCCUCCAUGAUCCAUUCUGUUUCACUGAGCAAAUCUACACAAGUCCCUGAUUCUUUGGAGUCAAAUUCAUCAACUGUUUGCCUAGAAGUUCUCCCUUUCCCUGGUCCAUUUUCAUCAGGGGAAUCCAUGCAAGUUCCUGAUUUCUCUGACAUAAGCUUGCCAACAGUGAUCACAAAAGUUCCCUCUAUCCAUAAUGUUACUGCAAUGAACAAAUCUACUCAGGUCCCUUCUUUCUCUGACACAAGUUUAUCAACCAUAUCUUUAGAAGAUAUUUCAUCUUUCUUAGGUCCAAUUUCAUCAAGAGAAUCUAUACAAGUUCCUGAAAUAAAUCUGCCAAGAGAAGUUGUACAAGUUCCCUCUAUCGGUCCUACUACGGCUGUUUGCAAAUCCACACAAGUUCCUACAUUCUCUAGCCAAAGUUCAUCCACAAUAAGCAUAGCAGAUACCCCACCUCUCUUAGUUUUAUCCACAGAAUCCCUGCAAGUUCCUGAUUUUGCUGACACAUGUUCAACAGAAAACAAACAAGUUUCCUAUACCUCUGGCAUUAUUUCUGCAAGAAAAUCUGCACAAGUCCCUCCUUUCUAUGGCACAAGUUCAUCAAGCACAGGCACAGUAGAUGUUUCAUCGUUCAUCGUUGCCACUUCAUCAAAAGAGUCCAAACAAGUUCCUGACUCCUCUAACAAAAUUUCAACAAAACUUAUACAAGUUUCCUUGGCCUCUGAUGCUAUUUCAGUGAGCAAGUCUACACAAGUUUAUUCUUCCUUGGUACUAUAUACAUCAAACAAAUCUAUUCAGUUUUCCUCUCACUUCUGUCUCUUUUCUUUGAAUCAGACUACACAAGUUUCUUUUAGCACGGGUUCAGCAAGUAAGUCUCUGGGAAUGCCCUCUGUGUCAGAACUGUGCAAAGAACUGUCCACUUUACCUAGAGCAAUUUCACUGAGCCAACAUGGGACAACCUCACCAAGAAAAUGCACAGAAAUACCUUCUCUUUCCACUACAAUUUCUUCAAAAGGGAUGAAAAAAGAUCUUCCAUCACAUGGAUUGUAUUCUCUAGAAACAUUUGCAGAGAAUGAAUGUACUCAGUUUGCCAUGUCAAGUUCUCCAAGACAAUCUAAACAAGCUUCCUCUCCUAGACUUAUGUCACCGAGUAAAGCUAUACAAUAUCCUAUUUUGUCAGACAAAAGGGUUGAUUUUGUGGAAAACUCACAGUGUGACUCCUUAAAAGGCCCAGGUGUCUCUGAUUCAAAACCAUUGUGGGAAUAUUUGGACUAUUUCAUUAUCUCUGAGCCAAGAUCAAGAAGAGAAUCAUUACAAACACCUCUUCUUUCUAUUUUGCCUUCUUCAAAAGAAGCUGAAGAACAUCUUCCUUCAUUAGGCUCAAGUGCUCCAGGAGUAUGUGCAGUGAAAGAAACUGCCCAGCAUGCUGAACAAAGAUCACAAAGCAAAAUCAAAGUUGCUUGCCCUCUGGAAAGUUCAUGGAGGGAAUCCAUAGAAAGACCUCAUUUCUAUGAUUCAAAAGUAUUUCAAAAAUCUUUGAUGUAUUCCAUUAUCUCUGGGCCAAGUUCAGUAAAGAAAUCCUUAGAAGCUACUUUUAUUUUCACUACAGCUUCUUCAAAGGAAGUUGCAGAAAGUCUGCCUUCAUCUGGGUUGUGUUCUCCAAAAGAAUGUACAGAGAAUAAGUAUAUUCAGUGUCCCUCUGACUCAGUCACAAGGCUUAUGUCUGUAGCAAGUUCAAGGAGAGAAUCAACAAAAGAUCUAAAUUGCUCUGAAUCAACAUUGUUGCAAGAAUCAUUAGACUUUUCUAAUAUUUCAGAAUCAAGUUCAAGAGAAUUAUUAGAAGUUCUUUCUUGUCCUAAUUCAAUUGUUUUAAAAGAGACUAUAAGUCUUACAUCAUCUGGCUUACAUUGUACAGAAGAAUUUGCAGAGAUAGAAAAUGUCCAGUCUGCCUUCCAAAGUUCACAAACAGAAUCCAAGCAAGCUUCCCAUUCUUCUAUUAAAAUAUUCGUAAGCAAAACUACACAAUUUCCUUCUUUCUCAAGCAUAAGCACUCAUUCUGUGGAAAGCUUACAGAGAGACACCAUACAAGUUCCAGAUGUCUCUGACUCAAAAUCACUGCGAGAAUUUUUGGACUUACCCGUUACCUCUAGGAUAAAUUUACCAGAAGAAUCUUCAGAAAGUGCUGCAGAAGGUUCUCCAUCAUCUAGCUUACAUUCUUCAGAAGAAUAUGUAGGGCCUGGGAGUACCCAUUCUAUCCUCCAAAUUUCAGAAACAGAUUUCCCUCCUUCAAGAAAAAUGUCACUGAGCCAAUCUAUACAAAAAUCCUCUCUCUCAAUCAUAAUUGUUACUUCUGUGGAAAGCUUGCAUAGAACGUCUAUUCAAGGUCUAGAUGCCUAUGCCUAUAAAUCAUCACAAGAACCUUUGGACAUUUCCAUUUCGAGAAGAGAAUCCUUAGAAAUUCCUCUUCCUUCAAGAAGCGUUCUGGAAAGUAUUCCAACACCUGACCUAAAGUCUGUAACAGAAAUUACAGAGAAAAAGAGUAACCAGUCCAACAGUCUAUCUUUACCAAUGGAACCUAAACAAUUUUCCAUUCGUUCUGGCCUUAAGUCAUUGAGUAGAGCUAUAGCAUUUCCUUUCUCUUUCCAGAAAUCAAGGAAAGAGGGCAAACAGAAUUUAUGUGAUUCACAAUCAGUGUGGGAAUCUUUGGACUUUUCUAACAUUCCUGGACAAAGUUCAAAGAAAGGAACCUUGGAAAUUCCUCUUCCUUCAACUUCAACUUCUUCAAGAGGCAUUUUAGAAAAUCUUCAAUCACCUAAUACGAGAUGUUCAUUACAAAAUAAAGAAAAAGAAAUUAUCCAGUCUGACCCCCUAACUUCACCAAAAGCAUCUGGCCUUAGCUCACUACGUGGAGCUAUAGCAUUUCCUUCUUCCUCUACCCAGAAAGAGUUACCUCUUGAUGGCUCAAAAAGAAAGUCUACCAAACAUAAAAAUUUAUGUGAUACAAAAUCAAUAUGGGAUUAUUUGGACUUUUCUGUCAUUUCUGAUCCAAGUUCAACAGAAUCCUUGAAAAUGCCUGUUCUUUCAAUUUCAACUUCUUCCAAAGGAGCUCUGGGAGUUUUUCCAUCAUCUAGCUUAAUCUCUACAGUAGAAAUUACAGAGAAAAAGACUGUUAAGUCUGAAAUCCUAAUUUUACCAAGAGGAUGCAAACAAGUCCCCCCACCUAUAUUUAUGUCACCGAGAAAAAUUGUUUUGUCUGUGGAAAGCUCACAGACAGAGUCUAUACAAGGCUCAGAUGUCUCUGUCUCAAGAUUAUUGCAAGAACCUUUGGAUGCUUCUCUUAUCUCUAAGCCAUGUUCAACAAGAGAAUACUCAAAAGUUUCUAUUCUUUCGCCUAUAACUUCUCCAAAAGGUCUUCCAUCAUUUAGUUUAUUGUCUCCAACAGAAAUUACAGAGAAAAGGAGUAUCCAGUCUGGUAUCCCAGCUUCACCAAGAGAAUCUGAACAAGUUUCCUUUCCUUCCAAUCUUAUAUUACCAAGCGAACCUAUACAAUCUCCUCCUUUCUCAGUCACAAAUGUUUAUUUUGUGAAUAGUUCAUGGAUAGAAUCUAUACUAAGACCAGAUGUCUCUGACUCGAAAUUAUUGCAAGAACCUUUGGACUCUUCCAUUAUCUCUGGACCAAAUUUAUCAAAAGAAAACUUGGAAGUUCCUAUUCUUUUGACUGAAACUUAUUCAAAAAUAGCUACAAAAGAUCUUCCAACAUCUAGCCUGAAGUCUCCAACAGAAAGUACAGAGAUAAAGAAUGUCCAGUCUGAUAUCUCAGCUGUACCAAGUGAAACCAAACACAUUUGCCUUCCUUCCAAUCUUCUGUUGCCAAAUAAACCUGUACAAUUCCCUUCUUCAUCCAGCACAAAGGUUUAUUUCGUGGACAGCUCAUGGUUAGUGUCUACACAAGGUUCUGAUGUCUCUGACUCAAAACCAUUGGAAGAAUCACCAGACUUUUAUAUUAUCUCAGGGUUUGGUUCAACAAAAGAAGAACUUCUUUCCAUUUCACCUUUUUCAAAAGGAGCUACAGAAGGUCUUCCACCAUCUAACUUGAGGUCUCCAACAGAAAUCACAGGGGAACAAAGUGUCCAGAGUGACACUCCAAAUUCACCAAGAGAAUCCAAACAAGUUUCCCCUUCUCUCAGUCUUAUGUCACUGAAUAAAGCUACACAAUUUCCUUCUUUUGAAAGUGCAAUUGUGUUGUCUAGGGCAAAUUUGCGAAGAGAGUCCAUACGUGAUCCAGAAUUUCCUGAAUCAAGCUUAUUGCGAGGAGAAUCUUUGGAACCUUCUGUUUUUUCUAGGUCAAGUGCAGCAAAGCAGUCUUUAGAAGUCCCUCUCAUUUCCCCUUCAAUUUCUUCAAAAGGAUCUCAACAACAGUCAUCGUUUGGUUUAAGGUCAAUAGCAGAAAUGGGAGAGAAUGAGAAUGCCCAGUAUGCAACUCCAAGUUCAGCAAAGGAUUCCAAAAAAGCUUCCCUUUCUCCUAGACUGUCAUUGAGUAAAGAUAUACAAUUGCCUUCUUUCUCUUGUUCAAGGAUUUUAACUGUGCCAAGUUCACCAAGAGAGACAAAUCAAGUUCAAGAUUUCUCUGUCCCAAAUUCACUGCAAGAAUUCUUUGACUUUUCCAUUAUCUCUAGGCCAAGUUCCCCAGAAAAAUCCACAAGAGAAUCCUUGGAAGUUCCUCCUCUUUCCAGGUUAAUUACUUCCAAAAGAACCACAGAAGGUCUUCAAUUGUCUGGCUUUCAUUCUCCAAUAGAAUCUUCAGAAAAUGAUAGCACUCGAUCAGGCAGCCCCAGUUCACCAAGAGAAUCAGCACGACCCUCUCCAAAUGCCAGCCCUGGAUUAUUAAAUAAGACUCUUACAUAUCCUUAUUUCUCUGGACCAAGCACACCAAAACAUUCCAUGGAAGGUCUUGAUUUUUCUGUGCCAAGUUCACAUAAAGAAACACUACAGACUAAUUUACCAAAGGAAUCCUUUGAAUUUCUUCCUAUCCCUGGGUCAAGUUCAAGAAGACAAUCAGUAGCAGGUUCUUCUCUUUACACUUCCAGUUCUUCAAGAAUAUCUUCACAAGUACUUUCUUCUUCUGGCCGGAAGUCACCAAAAGAAUAUGUACAGAGUUUUGAGAGUGCUCAUUCUUCCAGUCCAAGUUCACCAAAAGGAUCUAGACAACCUUCUCCUAUUGGCAGCCCUAGAUUACUGAAAAAGUCCAUGACAAAUCCUUUAUCUGGACCAAGUGUUCUAAAACAACCAUUAGAUGUUACCUCUUCUUCUAUGUCAAGCUUACAGAGAGAAUCCUUCUCUGGCAUAAAUUCAAUGCAAGAAUCUUUUGACUUUCCUAUUAUCUCUGGGCCAAGUUUAACAAGGGGAAUCUUGAAUGUUCCUCCUGUUUCCACUUCAAGUUCUUUGUCAGAACCAGCAUAUGACUCUCCACCAUUUGGCUUACGUUUUCCAUUAGAAUUUGCAGAGAAGGAGAGUGUCAGUUCUGCCAGCCCACAUUCAACCAGAGAGUUCAAACCAGGCUCUCCUCCACCUAGCCUUGUAUCACUGAAUAUGGAUAUGCAAGUUCCUUCUUUCUCCAAAAACAAAAGCGUUUUGCCUAUGGCAACUUCAAGGAGAGAGUCCAUACAAGGCCUGGAUUUCUCUAAACCAAAUUCAUUGCAAGAAUCUUUUGACUUUCCUAUUAUCUCUGAGUCAAGUUUAACAAGAGAAAUUUUGAAUGUUCCUCCUGUUUCCACUUCAAGUUCUUCAACAGAAACAGUAUAUGAUUCUCCACCAUUUGGUUUACAUUUUCCAUUAGAAUUUGCAGAAAAGGAGGGUGUCAGGUCUGUAAGCCCACAUUCAAUGAGAGAGUUCAAACCAGGCUCUCCUCUACCUAGCCUUAUGUCACUGAAUAUGGAUAUGCAAUUUCCUUCUUUCUACAAAAACCAAAAGGUUUUGCCUAUGGCAACUUCAAGGAGAGAGGCUAUACAAGGCCUGGAUUUCUCUAAAACAAAUUCAUUGCAAGAAUCUUUUGACUUUCCUGAUAUCUCUAGGUCAAGUUCAACAAUAGAAUUAUUAGAGAUUCCUCUUCUUUCCACAUUAAUUUCUUCAAAAGAAGAUACUAAAAGUCUUCCAUCUCAAGUAGACUUGACAGACAGUGAGAGUGUCCAGUUGGGCAUUCCAAGUUCGUCAAGUGAAUCUAAAAAAGUUUCCCCCUCUCCUAGCUUAAUGUCACUGAGUAAGGCUAUACAAUUUUCUUCUUUAUCUGGCUCAAGGUUUUUGAUUGUGCCAAGCUCAUCAAGAGAGAUGAUUCAGAGCCAAGAGUUCUCUAUCUCAAAAUCACUGCAAAAAUCCUUUGACUUUUCCAUUAUCUCUAGGCCAAGUUCCCCAGAAAAAUCCAUAAGAGAAUGCUUGGAAGUUCCUCCUCUUUCCAGGUUAACUUCUACCACAGGAACCACAGAAGGUCUUCAAUUGUCUGGCUUUCAUUCUCCAAUAGAAUCUUCAGAAAAUGAUAGCACUCGAUCAGGCAGCCCUAGUUCACCAAGAGAAUCAGCACGACCCUCUCCAAAUGCCAGCCCUGGAUUAUUAAAUAAGACUCUUACAUAUCCUUAUUUCUCUGGACCAAGCACAUCAAAAUAUUCCAUGGAAGGUCUUGAUUUUUCUGUGCCAAGUUCACAUAAAGAAGCACUACAGACUAAUUUACCAAGGGAAUCUUUUGAAUUUCUUACUAUCCCUGAGUCAAGUUCAAGAAGACAAUCAGUAGCAGGUUCUUCUCUUUACACUUCCAGUUCUUCAAGAAUAUCUUCACAAGUACUUUCUUCUUCUGGCCGGAAGUCACCAAAAGAAUAUGUACAGAGUUUUGAAAGUGCUCAUUCUUCCAGUCCAAGCUCACCAAAGGGAUCUAGACAACUUUCUCCUAUUGGCAGUCCUAGAUUACUGAAAAAGCCCAUGCCAAAUCUUUUCUCUGGACCAAGUGCUCUAAAACAACCAUUAGAUGGUCCCUCUUCUUCUAUGUCAAGCUCAAGGAGAGAGUCAAUAAUACAUGGUCCUCCUUUCCCUUUCCCAAAUUCCCUGAGAGAAUCCUUUGAAUUUCCCAUUAUUUCCGAGUCAAGUUCAACAAGAGAAUCUUUAGAAGUUCCACUCCUUUCCAUUUCAAGUCCAUCAAGAAGAUCUAAAGAUUUUCUUUCUUCCUUUGAUUUAAGGUCUCCAGCAGAAUAUUCAGAGAGUAAGAUUAUCCAUUCUUCCCGCCCAAGUUCACCAAGAGGUUCUGGACAACCAUCUCCUGCCACCAGUCCUAGAUUACUCAAAAAAUCUGUUGCUUUUUCUGCUUUCCCAGGACCAGUUGUUCCACAACAAUCCACAGAAGUUUCUCCUUUAGUCUUACAUUCACAAAAAGAAUCCUUUGAUUUUCCCUUUUUUUCUGGGCCAUUUUCAACAAGAGAAUCUAUAAAUGUUCCCCCUCUUUUUGUUUCAAGUGUAUCUAAAGGGGCAACAGAAGUUCUUCCUACCUCUAACAUAAAGUCAUCAAUGGAAUUUGAAGAAAAUGAAAUUGCCUGUUAUACCAUCCCAAGUUCACUAAAAGGAUCUGCACAACCUCCUACUUCUGCCAGCUGUAGAUUACUUAAUAAAUCAUUAUUAUUUCCUCCUUUUUUAGAACCAGGUAUAUCAAAACAGUCCAUGGAAGGUCUUGCUUCCUCUAUGACAAAUUCACAGAAGGAAUCUACACAAGACCCUGCUUUAUCUGCCCCCAAUUCACUGAGAGAAUCUAUAGAUGUUCUCCCUGUUUCCACCUUUAGUUCAUCAAGAGGAGCUACAGAAGUUCUACCUUCCUCUUGUAUAAAGUUACCAAUAGAAUUUGAAGGACCCGAGACUGUCUGUUCAUCCUGCCCAAGUUUCCCGAGAGAAUCUGCACAACCUUCCCCUACAAUCAGUCCUAGAUUAUCAAGUAAAUUAUUACCACUUCCUCCUUUUUCAGGAACAGAUAUAUCAAAACAAUCCAAGGAAGUUUCUCCUUCCAUCUCAAGUUCAAGGCGAGAAUCUAUACAAGAACCUGGUUUUUUUGUCCCAAACUCACUAGGAGAAUCCUUUAAUUAUCUAAUUAUUUCUGGACCAAGUUUAGUAAGAGAAUCAUUAGAUAUUCCUCCUCUUUCAACUUCAACUUCCUUAAAAGGCUCUACAGACAGUCAGUCUUCUGGCCUAAGGUCACCAAUAGAAUAUUCAGAGAGAGAGAGUGCCCAUUCCCAAAGGCCAAGUUCACCAAGUCAGCCUACUCAAGCUUCCCCUACAAGCAGCCCAAAUUUAGUGAGCAGAUCAAUGCAAUAUCCUUCUUUAUCAGGGCCAAAUUCACUAAGAGAAGAUUCACAGUUUUCUCUUACCUCCAGUCUCACAUUAAGUGAAACCAUGCAACUUCCUUCUUUCUCUGGACCAAGUGUGUCAAGACAAUCCACAAAAGUACCAGCUUCUAUAUCAAGUCCAGGAAGAGAAUCAAUACAAGGUUCUGUUUUCUCUAUCCCAAAUUCACUGAAAGAAUCCUUUGAAUUUCCCAUUUUCUCUGGACUAAGAUCAGUAAAAGAAUCUUUGGAAGCACCUCCUCUUUCCACUUCAAGUUCAUUGAAAGAACCUACACAUGUUUCUCCUGCUUUCUUGAGAUCUCCAACAGAACAUUCAGAAAGUGAAAGUGCCCAUUCUGCCAAUCCAAGUUUGCCAAGAGAAUCUAUACAACCUUCCCCUGCCUCCAGUCCCAGAUUAUUGAGUAAAACCUCUCAAUUUUGUUCUUUCCAAGGAUCAAGUGGGUCAGAAUCCAUGAAAAUACUUGCUUCUUCCAUGUCCAGUUCACAGAAAGAAACAAGACAAGGUCCUGAUUUCUCUGUCCCAAGUUCAGUGGGAAAAUCCCUUGAUAUCCCCAUUUUCUCUGAGUCAAGUUCAAUAAGAGAACCCUUAGAAGUUCCCCCUUAUUCCACUUCACAAUCUUCAAAAGGCUCUAAACAAGUUCUUCCUUCUUUGGGCUUAAGGUCACCAAUAGAAUAUGCAGAUAGUGAAAAUGCUCUUCCUGCCAGUCCAAGAUCAUCAAGAGAAUCCAAAAAGCCAUCUCCUCCCUUCAGUCCAAAGGCAAUUAGUACUAACACACAAGUUCCUUCUUUUUCAGACACAAAUGUGACAAAAGAAUCUACAGAAUGUCCUGAUUUCUCUUCACAUAAAGAAUCCAAACAAGGGCUAGUUUUCUUUGACUCAAACUCCCUGAGAGAAUCCUUUGAUUUUCCCAUUUUCUCUGGGGAAAGUUUAAUAAGACAAUCUUUAGAAGUUCCUUUUUUUACUCCAAGUUCUUUGAGAGGAUCUACAGAAGAGCUUCCUUCAUCUGGCUUAAGGUCCCCAAUAGAAUAUAUAGAAUGUGAGGGUGCCUAUUGUCCUAGGCCAAGUUCACCAAGAGAAUCUGAACAAUCUAACUACCUUUCCAGAUCAAAUUUAGUGAGCAGAUCUAUGCAAUUUCCUUCCUUAGACUCAAGCAUAUCAGAACAAUCCAUGGAAGUUCAUGCUUCCUCAAUGUUAAGUUCACACAAAGAAUUCAUACAAGACCCACCUUCAUCAACCUCAAAAUCACUGAGGGAAGCCUUUGAAUUUCCCAUUUUCUCAGGCUCAGGUAUAACAAGAGAAUGUUUAGAAGUUCAUCCUCCUUUUUCAACAAAAGAAUCUUUACAAGUUAUUCCAAUUUCUGAAUUGACAUCAGUGAAAGAACCUGAAGAGAGUGAAAUUUCUGCUGUAGUCAGCCAACAUGCAGUGAGUGAUUUCAUGGAAGCUCUAGCCCCUGUGGGCCUAAGAUCCAGGAGAGAAUUCAUUCAAGUUUAUCCUCCCUUGAUUCCUAGUCAUCCACAAGAAUUCCCUGAAGGUCUCCCUGGUCCUAGUAUAGGUUCACAAAGAGAAUUCAUUCAAGCUCCUUCUUUUUCUAACCAAAGUUCACUGAGAGAGUAUAUGGAUGCCUCUCCAUUCAAUACCUCCCAGGGACAAUACAUUCAAAUUUCUGCUUCUUCCCAGACAGAAUUUAUUCAAAUUCUUGAUUUUUCAAACUCGAGUUCACAGAGAGAAUCCAUAGAUCUCCCAACCUCCAAAAUCAACUCCCCGAAAGAAUCCAUUCAAGUCUAUACUUUUUCCAUCCCAAGUCCACAGAGUGAGUCCAUUGGUCACCCUUCAUCCAGCAUCAGUUCCCAAAGAGAAGCUGUUCAAGUUUCUGCUUCAUUCAGUCCAAGUUCAGAUAAAGAAGUAAUGGAUAUAGCUUGCUCUAGUAUCAGCUGUCAGAGAAAAUCCAUGACAAUUCCUGAUCCUUUCACCCCAAAUUCACAGAGAGAGCCCACUGGUCACCCUGCAUCCAGCAUCAUCUCCCAUAACGAAUCCAUUUCUGCUUUUUAUAAUCCAAGUUCAGAGAAAAUAGUGAUGAACCUAUCUUGCUCUAAUAUCAGCCCCCAGAGAGAAUCUAUUAAAAUUUCUGAUUUAUCCAUCUCAGAUUCACUAAAAGAAUCCAGGGGUCUCCCUCCCACUAGCAUCAGCUGCCGGAGAGAACCAGUUCAAGUUUCUGAUGUGUCCAGCCCAAAUUCACAGAGAGAGGCCAUGAAUCUCCCCUCCUCUAGCAUCACCUCCCAGAGAGAAUUGAUUCAAGAUCUUGUUUCUAACAUCCCAAGUUUGCUGAUGGGUUCUCAAGGAUUCCUUCCUCCUAACAUCAGAUCUCAGACAGAAUCAAUUGAACUUCCCGAUUCUUCCAUUCAGAAUUCACAGAGAGAGUCCAUGGGUCUCCUAUCCUCCAACAUCAGCAUCCAAAGAAAUUCCAUUCAAAGUCCUGUUUCUUCCAACACAAGUUCACAGGAAGAGUCACUAGAUGUACCUCCCUCCAGCAUCAGCUUGCCAAGAAAACCGAUUCAUGGAUUUUUCUCAAAAACUCCAAGUUCAUUAAGAGAGCUCCCAAGUCUCCCCCCUCCCUCUAGCAUAAUCUCUCAGAGAGAUUUCAUUCAAAUUCUACUCCCUUAUAUCCCAGGUUCACUGAAAGAUGGCAUGGAUGUCCAAUCUCUAAGUAUCCGUUCCCAAAGAGAACCCAUUCAAGAUCCUUCGAGUUCAAGUUCUCAGAGAGAAUCAGUGGGUUUCUCUCCCUUUAGCAUCAGCUCCCAGAGAAAAACUAUUCAAAUUACUGAUUCUACUAAACCAAGUUCACAAAAAGAGUUUACGAGUCUUUCUCCCUCUAGCACCAGCUCCCAGGAAGAACCUGUUCAAGUUCCUGUCUCUUAUAGCACAAGUUCACAAAGAAAGUCUGUUGGUGUCCCUCCAUCCAACAUCACCCCCCAUAAAGAAUCCAGUCAGCUGAGUGAUUCUUCUAGUUUAAGUUCACAGAAAGAAUCUAAGGAUCGAUUUCCCUCCAACAGCAGUUUGCAGAAGGAAUUCAUUCAAAUUCCUAUUUCUUACAGCUCAGCUACAGAGAGACAUUUUAUGGAUCAACUUCCCUCCAAGACCAGCUCACAGAGGGAAUCCAUUCAAAUUACUGACUCUUUCAAGCCAGCUUCUCAGAGAGAGACCAUAGGUAUCCCUCCAUCCAACAUUAGCUCCCAGAAAAAAUCUAUUCAAAUUACUGAUUCUACUAACCCAAAUUUACAGAAAGAGUCCAUGGGUCUCCCUCCCUCCAGUAUCAUCUCUCAGAAGCAAUCCAAUCAAGGUCCUGUUUCUUACAUCUCAAGUGCACAAAGAGAAUCCAUGGAUCAACAUCCCUCCAGCAUCAGCUCACAAAGGGAAUCUAUUCAAGUUAUUGAUUCUUACAACCCAACUUCACAGAGAGAUUCCAUCUAUCUCCCUCCUUCCAAAAUCAGCUCUCAGAGACAGUCCAUUCAAGUUCCUGUUUCUUACAAUUCAAGUUCAGAGAGAGAAUCUAUGGAUUUCUCUUUCUCCAAAAUCAACUCACAGAGGGAAUCCAUUCAAACUCUGGUUUCUUUCAACCCACAUACAUGGAGAGAAUUGGUGGAUCAACUUCCCUCUACCAGCAGCUCCCAGAGAGAGUACAUUCACUUUAAUGAUUAUUCUCGCCCAAGUUCAGAGAGAGGAUCCAUGGAUCCAUGGAUCCCUCCCUCCAGUAUCACCUCUCAGAAAGAACCUAUUCAGAUUGCUGAUUCUUCUAGCCCAAGUUCACAGAAAGAGACCAUGGAACUCCCUUCCUCCAGUAGCAGCAUCCAGAAAGAAUCUAUUCAAAUUCCUGAUGCUUCUAGCCCAAAUUCACAAGCAGAAAUGAUAGUUCUUCCAUUUUCUAGCCCAAUCUCUCAAACAGAAUCCACAGAAGUUUCUACCUCUCUUGUUCUUAGUCCAUCAGAGGAAUUCGUGCACAGUACUCUUUCCUCAGGCCAAAGUUCACCAAAAGAUUUCUUAGAUGUUCUUUAGCUGGUCCAGCUUCAUCAGAAUUUGUCAGCACUCCUUUUUCCUACAGACAAAAUUCUCUGAAAAAUUUCAUUGAUAGUCUUGUCCCAGUUUCAUCAGAAGAAAUCAUUAAUGUUUCUGCGUCCCCUUCUUCAAGUACAACAGAGAAAUUAAUAGAAAUUCCCCCUUUCCUAAAUGUUUUGCCAAAUGAAACCAUACAAGAUUCUCUUUCCUCUGAGUCCAUUUCUCUGGGAGAAUCAACACAAGUUUCUGCUUUAUUUAGUGAAUAUGCACUGAAAAAAUACUUUUGAAAUUCUCCUUUCCCUGGAUCAAGUCCACCAAAAGAAUUUAUCCACCCCCCCCCAUUCCAACUUCAUGUUUAUCAGAAGAUGAUGGAAGUAAAUGCCUUAACAUUCAAGUCCCCUUUUCCUCCUCAUGUCAUAGAGUGCCCUUUUCUCCCUGUUCAAGUUCAAUGGACGAAUGUAUACAAUCAUCUAAAGCACCCAUAAAAGAAAAACUGGCCAAACCUGAAACAUCUUCCAAAGAGGAAACAGAACCCAAGUAGCUUCCAUAACUCUGAAAAAUAAAAGGAAGAAGAAAGGGGAAAAGAAGGGGUAUGGAGAAGGGGAAAUGUAGACGUUAGGGAAAGAAGUAGAAGAAGGGAGAAGAAGAAAGGAUUAAAAGGAGGAAGAGAGGAGGAAGGAAGGAAAGAAAAAAACCUCAGCCAAAUGAAUCCAAGUCCUCCAUUUACUCACAUCAAUGCAUUCAAGCCCACUAAACCAUACGUGAUACUAUACUAGGGCUCUAAAACUUGAAUAGAAAGCAAAACAAUCAACAGUUUUGGUCCUAAUUAAAAUAAAACUCACUAAAACUUAA